GUCAGAAGUCUGCCAGGGUUUGAAUGCUUCACAAGAAAAGGAGGAAUCAGACUUCUUCGAUACAGGAGGACCCACAAGCAGCUCCAAAAACUGAGGAAGGGCAAAAAGUCAUUCUGCCUAAAUUUUCUUGGGAGCUGUCAGAGAGAGGCAUCCUCUCACGGAUACCAGAAGUAGCAACCGUUCGCUUGAACAUGAUUGCAUGAGAUUUUAAAGAUAUUGACUCUUCAAAAGAUAACACAAUAUCAAAAGAGGUGUUCUGGAAUAUUUGCAACCAACAUUUUCAGCAUCUGACAGAAGAGCAAUUUGAAAAUCUUUGGAACACAGUGGAUGUCGAUGUUGGUGGAUGAUUGAAAUAUCAGGAAUUUUCUAAGAAAUUCAGCUCAGAACAGGUAACAAUGUCAUCAACCACUCCCAGUGCUACUAGUCCUGAGACAUCUACCAAGCCAGUUACCUGUGCAUCCUCUCAGCCUGAGCAUCCCAAGACAUCAUCUUCUCUAGUGGGGCAGGAGAGUACAUCAGCAUCCAGCCAUCCUCAGACAACAACAGAAUGUUCUGCGCCUGUCCCUAACUGGGAAGAAAUAGAAAAUAAGAUAAGAAAGAAUAUCCAGUGUUCCUGGAGAGACAUACUGAAGCUGUGUCAAGAGAAGGAUGUCAGCAAGAUAGGAGAAAUCCCAGUGUCUGACUUCCCAGAUAUAGCAGAGAAGUUCCAUUUGGAUUUAAGCAAAGAAGAAAUUAGCCAAAUAACAACAAAAUACGAUAUCAAGAAAAAUGGAAAAUUUGCAUACUAUGACUUCUUUCAGAGCUGUAUUUUGUUGUUAAAACCACAGAAAAGCACACUGCUACAAAGAGUGAUUAUACCGAAGCCACAAAAACCGAUGAGUCCUGGACCGCAAUCCAUGUUGUUCUACAGCACAAUGCUGAGAAUUCAGCCCCAGAUCUUGCACUGCUGGAGACCAAUGAAGCGCACUUUUAAAUCCUAUGAUGAAAGUCGUACUGGACUGUUAAAUGUUGCAGAUUUCAGACAAGUUCUUCAUGAAUACAAAAUCAACCUAUCGGAAGAAGAGCUGUUUAACAUUUUGGAAUACUAUGAUAAAACUCUAUCUUCAAAAAUAUCCUAUAAUGAUUUUCUCCGGGCAUUCUUACAGUAGGAUUUGGUCAAAUGCAGGAAACUGUAGAUAAAGACAGUGAUGGAUUUACAAUUUCAAAUUUCAAACUAAUAAAUUAAUUGAGAAUGGC